AUGGGCCCAGAGGCUCGGGCGGAGCCCGCCAGAGCGAGGACUGAGCGCGUGAGGGAGGGACAGGCCGAAGUCGGGCGAGGAGGCGACAGGACGCUGAAGGGGGCGGGGCAGCUCGUGCACCGGCUAGGGUUGGGGCUCCGGCCGGGAGGUAGCUCGCGCGCUCAGCCCUUGCCGCCGCAGAGAUACUGCCCGGACGUUGAGAAGCAACCGCGAAACGGCGGAGAUUCGAACCUGCGCACAACGUGCGCGCGCGCACUCUCCUGCCAGGAGGAGCCGCUGGUUGGUGGCUUGCGGGGCGCGCUCCCCAGCGUCCUCGCGACCGGAAGUGCUCGCCCGGAGGCAGAAAGAGGAAAUGUUAUCAUGACAACAGAGCAGCAAGUUCCAUGGCCCCAGCUAAAAGGCAGUAUGGCUGUGGCUGCUGAGGUGGAGAAUUCUCAAAGGAUUCCAUAGAAACCUUUUUCAAAGGGUCACCAUAAGACUAUUAAAACUGGAAUGAUCCAAGAUGGCCCAUCGAUAACAGCUUGGGAUUGCAGCUCUCAGUCAAAGCGCAGAGAACUAGAGGACGCCACACUUUCAGGCAAAUUCUGGUAGCUCACAGAGCAGAAGAUCCCCAGUGGAGGAACUACACGAGUCUCCAGCGCGACUCUUGUGGCCGGCGCAGCAGCUCUUGGAGCAGAGUAAACAGGGCUGGCUCCCCUUCUGACCGAGGCUUGGAGGACCCACACGGGCCGCCAGCGCGACGCUUGUGGCCAGUGCAGCGGCUUCACCGGCACCUCGGCGUGGCAGCUCUCGGAGCAGAGUAAACAGGGCCGGCUCCCCUUCUGACUGAGGUUUGGAGGACCCACACGGGUCCCCAGCACGACUCCUGAGACUGGCGCAACGGCCAUGACUGCACCUCAGUGCGGCAGCUCUCAGCGCAGAGUAAAUGAGACUGGUUCCCCUUCUGACCGAGGUUUGGAGCCUGGGGAAGGCAGAGUCACCCAUUACGGACACAAGAAGGAAGCCAGGGCAGGGCGCGGUGGCUCAAGCCUGUAAUCCCAGCACUUUGGGAGGCCGAGGCAGGUGGAUCACGAGGUCAACAGAUCGAGACCAUCCUGGUCAACAUGGUGAAACCCCGUCUCUACUAAAAAUUACAAAAAAUUAGCUGGGCACGGUGGUGCGUGCCUGUAAUCCCAGCUACUCAGGAGGCUGAGGCAGGAGAAUUGCCUGAACCCAGGGGGCGGAGGUUGCGGUGAGCGGAGAUCGCGCCAUUGCACUCCAGCCUGGGUAACAAGAGCGAAACUCCGUCUCAAAAAAAAAAAAAAAAAAAAAAAAGGGAAGCCAUACAGGAGAAUCCUGGGCAGAAAAGCACCAUCAGUCUUAAGGCCACCGUUCUGGCCCUGGGAACUAACAACUUGGACGUCCAAUCAAGAGACCUAAUCUGAAGUUGGUAAUUUCAAAGACAGCAGGAGGAUAAAUUUACAAUGAUGGGAAGAAACCAGUGUAAAAAGGCUGAGAAUACUCAAAAUCAGAACGCCUCUCCCUCUAAAGAUGAUCACAGUUCCACAUCAACAAUGGAACAAGGCUUGACGGAGAAUGGGCUCAUCCCAAUGACAGAAUCACUCUUCAAGGAAUGGAUAAUAAGAAACUUCUGUGAGUUAAAAGAACAUGUUGUAGCCCAAUGUAAAGAAACUAGGAACUUUGAAAAAAGGUUUGAAGAAAUCCUAUUGAGAAUAGACAACUUAGAGAGGAAUAUAAGUGAAUUAAUGGAACUGAAGAAUACAAUACAGGAACUCCGAGAAGUAUGCACAGGUUUAAACACUCGAAUUGUUCAAGCAGAAGAAAGGAUAUCAGAGGUCAAAGUCCAACUUAAUGAAAGAAAACAAAAAGAUAAGAUUAGAGAUAAAAGGAUAAAAAGGAAUGAGCAAAGUCUCCAAGAAAUGUGGGACUAUGUGAAAAGACCAAAUUUACCUGUGAUAGGUGUACCUGAAUGUGACGGAGAGAAUGAAUCCAAGCUGGAAAACACCCUUCAGGAUAUUAUUCAGGAAAAUUUUCCUGAACUAGCAAAGCAGGUCAAUAUUCAACCCCAGGUAAUACAGAGAACACCACAAAGAUAUUCCUCAAGAAGAGCAACCCCAAGGCACAUAAUCAUUAGAUUCACCAGGGUUGAAACGAAGGAGAAAAUACUAAGGGCAGCCAGAGAGAAAGGUCAGGUUACCCACAAAGGCAAGCCUAUCAGACUUACAGCAGAUCUCUCAGCAGAAACUCUACAAGCCAGAAGAGAGUGGGGGCCAAUAUUCAACAUCCUCAAAGAACAGAACCUUCAGCCCAGAAUUUCAUAUCCAGCCAAACUAAGCUUCACAGAAAAGGUUUGACAAAAUCCUAUUGAGAAUAGACAACUUAGAGAGGAAUAUAAGUGAAUUAAUGGAACUGAAGGAAAAAUAAAAUCUUUUAUGAACAAGCAAGUAUUCAGAGAUUUUAUUACCACCAGGCCUGCUUUACAAGAGCUUCUGAAAGAGGCAUUACACACAGAAAGAAACAACCAGUAUUAGCCUUACUAAAAAUAUACCAAAAAGUAAAGAGCACCAACAUAAAGAAGAAUUUUCAUCAACGAAUGGAUCAAACAGCCAGUUAACAUCAAAUGGCAGUAACCCUAAAUUUAAAUCGACUAAAUCCCCCAAUCAAAAGACACAGCCAAAACCCAAUGGCAUGUCACAUCCAGACCUGUUUCACAUGCAAGGAUACACAAAGACUCAAAACAAAGGGAUGGAGAAAGAUUUACCAACCAAAUGGAGAGCAAAAAUAAAUAAAUAAAUAAAUAAAUAAAAAGCAGGAGUUGCAAUUCUCGUAACGGAUAAAAUAGAUUUUAAAGCAACAAAGAUGUAGUGGUAAAAGGAUCAAUACAACAACAAGAGCUAACGAUCCUAACACCCAGAUACAUAGAGACGUAGAUUCAAUGAGACAGAAAAUUAAUAAGGAUAUCAAGGACUCGAACUCAGAUCCGGAACAAGUAAACUUAAUAAAUAUUUAUAGAGCUCUCCACUUCAAAUACAUAAAAUAUACAUUCUUGUCAAUACCACAUCACACCUACUCAUAGGUUUAAAUGAAACAUUGAUUGGCCAUUAUCAAUACCCAUUUUUUUUUUCAGAAUAAAGCAGUAUUUCCAUUCACCCUCCCUCUCUCUCUUCCUCUCCUUUACUCGUUUUUUUUUUCCUUCUCUCAAAAAAAGAAAUCAACUUGUAAACCUCUAGAUCCAGGUUGGCAAUGUCUCUCUCAUUGCUUGAAUUCCUUCCUUCCUUUCCCUUCCCUCCCUUCCUUCCUCCCUCCCCCCUUCCUCCCUUCCUUCCUCCCUCCCUUCCUCCUUCCCUCCCUUCCUGCCUUCCUCCCUUCCUCCUUCCCUCCCUAAAAAAAAAAAAAAAAAAAGACUAUUAAAACUAAUGUCCUGUUAAUCAUUUUUUUCUCUCGCUAUAGCAGUCAACACAGACAGAAAUUACAUUUAUGGUAAUUGUCUAUCAUGUGCUUUCAUACACACAAAAAUACAAAUACAUGUGCUUUCAUACACACAAAUACAAGCUCAUAUGACCUAAUUUAAAAAACCAUUUGAAGGCCGAGCACAAUGGCUCACGCCUAUAAUCCCAGCACUUUGGGAGGCCAAGGCGGGUGGAUCACGAGGUCAAGAGAUUGAGACCAUCCUGGUCAACGAGGUGAAACCCCGUCUCUACUAAAAAUACAAAAAUUUGCUGGGCAUGGUGGUGCGCGCCUGUAGUCCCAGCUACUUGGGAGGCUGAGGCAGAACUGCUUGAACCCAGAAGGCGGAGGUUGCGCUGAGCCCAGAUCGUGCCAUUGCACUCCAAUCUGGGUAACAACAGUGAAACUCUGUCUCAAAAAAAAAAAAAAAAGAAAACAAAAUACCAUUUGAAAUAGAUGAUAUUAAUCCUAUCUUACAGGUGAGGAAAGAAGCUAAGAGUAGCUUGCCUGACAUCAAAAACAAUCGUAAGUGCUCAUCCCACUAAUGGCUGAUCCUAGAACUGUCUUCUACUAGUUCCUUUUAUAGUUCUGUUUCUAUUAUUUAACAAAACUAAAAAACAAGAUUAUUCUUUUUCCUCAGUGGAUUCUAGCUUUAAUACAGUGAACUUGAAUGAAACAAAGUGAAAAUAAUUAGUAUGAGACCUGGCAUAUCAUAAGGCCAAGUACUCACAUUACUGGCUUUGUAGAAGCAUAUAAAAAUAGACUAAUCCAAGAGUUUAAAAGUGUAUCUGCUCAACUCAUUGAAGUUAGUAAUCUAAAGUUACACUAACUUAGAGGAAAACAACAAAGCAACUAUUGUUUCAUAGCAAUUGGCAGACUUUAAUAUUCAAGAAAAAUUAAUUUCAUCAUACACAUUAAAAAUAUAGGAAAUUUCAUGCAGACAUGAAGCUUCCAAUUCAGCUUUUGUGGCAACUUUUAGAAUGAGAGUUACAUAUAAAUACAGUACAUUUACAAUUAUGUACCAAACUUCAUAAUUUUAUACUGUGAAUUAUACAUCUUUUCCUUAUAUUGUACAUAUUCCACCUUGCUCAGUUGAUUAGCAUACCCUCUAUCUGUACUGCUUCAGAAUAUGGAAAUUAAAGGGAAAAAAAGCAAGCACAAUGAACUAACUCCUCCCAUUUCAUGAAGUAAAUAAAAAUGUUUGUGUAUACAGCUAAUUUAAGAAAAACAUUUUAAACUUUAAGGCUUAUAUACUUUAGUAGCUAGGACUAAAAUUAAGAAAUACAAAAUUAAAUAAGUCCUCCAGUGAUACUUCUAUUAUUGAUUGAUACCACAUUUUCAAGUUUAGAAUAUAUUAACUGCAAAAGCUGUAAGGAAAAAAAGUGACACAAAUUUGUGUAGAACACUUAAAAAACAAUAUUCAUGAUAUGAGGGAUAAAUUAGCAAAUGAAGUAACUGAUUUCAGAAUUAACUAAAACAUAUGCUGUAAUAAAGAAAUGUAACAUUAUUAAAGAAAACCUAAUAG